GCGCGCCGGCCCCUCCGACCUCGCAGGAAGGCCUGGACGACGGCCCCGACUUCCUCUCAGACGAGGACCGCGGUCUUAAAGCAAUAAAUGUAGAUCUUCAAAGUGAUGCUGCUCUGCAGGUGGACAUUUCUGAUGCUCUUAGUGAGAGAGAUAAAGUAAAAUUCACUGUUCACACAAAGAGUUCAUUGCCAAAUUUUAAACAAAAUGAAUUUUCCGUUGUUCGACAACAUGAGGAAUUUAUCUGGCUUCAUGAUUCCUUUGUUGAAAAUGAAGACUAUGCAGGUUACAUUAUCCCACCAGCACCACCAAGACCUGAUUUUGAUGCUUCAAGGGAAAAACUACAGAAGCUUGGAGAAGGAGAAGGGUCUAUGACAAAGGAGGAAUUCACAAAGAUGAAACAGGAACUGGAAGCGGGUUGGAUAACAGAGAACCUUGGGUUUAUUCUACUGCUACCUCCAUCCUCUGCAUCCUUCUUUUUUGUCUUCACUGAAUGACUACUCUCACAGAGAUCAAACUUCUCCCAACAUUGGUCCUGCUGGUUUGCUGUGAAUAUUUGGCAAUAUUCAAGAAGACUGUUGCAAUGCAUGAAGUAUUCCUGUGUCGUGUGGCAGCACAUCCUAUUUUGAGAAAAGAUUUAAAUUUUCAUGUCUUCUUGGAAUAUAAUCAAGAUUUGAGUGUGCGAGGAAAAAAUAAAAAAGAGAAACUUGAAGAUUUCUUUAAAAACAUGGUUAAAUCAGCAGAUGGAGUAAUUGUUUCAGGAGUAAAGGAUGUAGACGAUUUCUUUGAGCAUGAACGAACAUUCCUUUUAGAAUAUCAUAACCGAGUUAAGGAUGCAUCUGCUAAAUCUGAUAGGAUGACAAGAUCCCACAAAAGUGCUGCAGAUGAUUACAAUAGAAUUGGUUCUUCAUUAUAUGCUUUAGGAACUCAGGAUUCUACAGAUAUAUGCAAAUUUUUCCUCAAAGUUUCAGAACUGUUUGAUAAAACAAGAAAAAUAGAAGCACGAGUGUCUGCUGAUGAGGACCUCAAACUCUCUGACCUUUUAAAAUAUUAUUUAAGAGAAUCUCAAGCUGCUAAGGAUCUCCUCUAUCGAAGAUCUAGGUCACUAGUGGAUUAUGAAAAUGCUAAUAAAGCACUGGAUAAAGCAAGAGCCAAAAAUAAAGAUGUUCUACAGGCUGAAACAUCCCAACAGUUAUGUUGUCAGAAAUUUGAAAAAAUAUCAGAAUCUGCAAAACAAGAACUUAUAGAUUUUAAGACAAGAAGAGUUGCAGCAUUCAGAAAAAAUUUAGUGGAACUGGCAGAGUUAGAACUGAAGCAUGCAAAGGGUAACCUACAGUUGCUGCAGAACUGCCUGGCAGUGUUAAAUGGAGACACAUAAGCCACACUCCACCUUCGGGUUAAAAAGGGCUGCCUUCCUUCAGAUUUUAUUUUUGUUUUCUUCAUGAUGUUAGGCAUUUAUACUGCUCACUGGAAAUGAAAGAAACAGCUGACAAAGUGCAUCUACUCUCCUCUUUUCUGAGAAACAAUGGAGCAGGGCCGUCCCGGGUGCUGCCGACCUGUGGUGAACGCUGCUACACUCCCGCACCUCCUGCUCCCCGGGGCGGCUGUCGCUCGUCCUGCGCUCGUCUUGCAAAGCCCAAAGUUCAGUCCUUUUUUAAAGUAGCCUCUAUAACUCUGUGUAUAUUAUGAAUAGUAUUCCUUAUGGCUGCCAAUCUUUAUUUCCCUUUAAGUAAUUUCUGAAGUUUAACCCUUUCAAAAUAUAUUCUUCAAACAAGAUAAAGGUCGCCACUACCUUUUUUUCUUUUUUUUUUUAAUUUUGUUUUUAAGAAAACAUUGUAUACCACCCUAGCUCAUCCAUGUAUCCUGGUAAAGCAUCUUAAUCAGACUUAUUUUUAAUCAACGAAUAUUUCUUAGAAGUUUUGGGACAGACUUUAUGUAAUCUUUCUAAGUAUGAUUUCUGAAGAAAAGCAAAUGCAUUAGUAUGUUUGCCUUAAACUUGUAGACUAAACCAACUAUUGUCAAAUAAACGGUGAUAAGAGUGAUGGUUUUUAA